ACCCUUUACUUCCAGAAGUUGGAACAACUCUAUCGAUACAACUGUUUCGAUGACCGCAAGUUUAAUCUAUUCCUCACAAGAGUUUGGUCUCUACUCAAGAGAUAUCAAACGUGGUUUGGCAGCAAUGAGAGUUCGCCCACUCAGGGAGCACUACCCCUCUCUGUGUUCUCGGUUCUGCACAAACACUUCGGGACGUGGUUUGGCAGCAAUGAGAGUUCGCCCACUCAGGGAGCACUACCCCUCUCUGUGUUCUCGGUUCUGCACAAACACUUCGGGGUUACCUUUGAAUGCUUUGCAUCGCCUCUCAACUCCUAUUUCAGACAAUACUGUUCCGCAUUCGCCGACACUGAUAGCUACUUCGGGUCCCGAGGACCAAUUCUCAACUUUCAUCCGGUUUGCGGUUCAUUUGAAGCCAACCCUCCAUUUUGUGAAGAACUAAUGGAGUCAACAGUCGAUCAUUUCGACCGACUGUUAGCCAACUCUCCCGAACCGCUCUCAUUCAUAGUGUUUGUGCCCGAGUGGAGAGAUCCGGUGCCAAAAGUGAUAACCAAACUGGAAAGCAGUAAAUUCAAGCGCAAGCAUCUGGUAAUACCUGCCUUUGAACACGAGUACAGAAACGGUUGUCAACACGUGUGCGACAAAAACGAUGUAAACGUGAAGUCAGCGCACGGGACGCUCGUUGUCUUCCUCCAGAACGACUCCGGUUUCCUCAAAUGGGGUCCGACUCCUGAACGUCUCGACGAACUCGUCGACGCCUAUAAGUGCGGCAGAGAUAAGGACAUACCGAUCCUCUCGCCCCCUCCCACUCCUCAAAAUAAUCAAAAGAGUGAAACCGAAAAACUCAUAAACUCUGAGACGAGUCAUAAGGACGAGUCGAUCGCUCUGACCGGCAGUGAAUAAACGCAUCAUUACUUCAUUCGCUUGAUUUGUAUUCAAUACAAAACAUCAGUUUUUAGUUCUCAUGUAUAUAAAUGACAUUCACAUUCAUUUUAACUAUAAUUUUUAGUUUUCAUCAAUUUGUAAAUAUUUAUCACAAACUUCUUAAAUUAUUCGCAAUAAUUAGCAAA